CUUUUGUCAUGUCCUUCUAGUUUCAGCCGUCCGGCAAUGAGAAAUGGGCUUUUUCCGGCGACUCUUCGGCCCAAAAAAACCCAAAAAGAAGACUAACAAGGCCGACGCCUCCACUUCAGCUUCUCAAGAAUGGGGCGGCAUGGACGCCAACAAGCACGCCAUAGCGGUAGCCGCAGCUACUGCCGCCGUGGCCGAGGCAGCUCUCGCGGCGGCUCAUGCGGCGGCGGAGGUUGUCAGGCUCACUAACGGCGUUGGGACUUCCGGGAACAACGUUAGCUUACCUGUUAACGUCCGCCGUCACCGCAACCUCGCCGCCGUUAAGAUACAGUCAGCUUUCCGGAGAUACCUGGCAAGGAGGGCUUUAAGGGCACUGAAAGCACUGGUGAAACUUCAAGCAUUGGUGAGAGGCCACAUAGUAAGGAAACAAACGGCAGACAUGCUCAAGCGCAUGCAGACACUGGUUCGACUCCAGGACCGUGCACGGGCAACUCGCUCACUCAUGUCAGAGUCAGUACAUUCUAGCAGCAAAUCCUCCCUGUCUUACAAUCCUCUCCCAGAAAGUCCUGACAAAAUUGGAUACCAGCAACGUGUUUAUAGUAGCAAAUUUGAUGGGCCCUCUUUGCUGAAGAGGUGUGGUUCAAAUUCAAAGGUGAGAAAUACCACCAGUCUGGACAGAAGACGUCUGGCCUCAUCAGGAUGGUUAGAUCGGUGGAUGGAAGAAAGUGUAUGGAACAACAGCCGUGAUGCUUCAUCACUGAGAUAUGUGCAAGCAGAUAGUGAGAAGGUUGACAAAAUCCUUGAAGUAGAUACUUGGAAACCUCACUUGGGCUCCCAACGAAAUGCCAGAGCUUUUCAAACCGCACAGCAUGUUAUGGUUUCGGAUAAUAAUAGUCCAUUGUUUAUGACAUUUGAUUCCCCGUCCAAGCGCACAACAAAAGAACCAAGUUUGAUUCCAAGUCAAUCGUCCAUGGAUUACUACUCAUCAAACUCUUUGAAAUAUCCUAUAGGAAAAGAUGAAGUAGUGGCUUCAAGAACUGCAGAGAACAGCCCACAAGCAUUUUCUGCCUCAUCGAGACCUGGAAGUAGGAGUGCUAGAAGAGCCCACUUCUCGCCAACAAGGAGCGAGUACUCGUGGGGUUUCUUUAGCAGCUAUGCCGGUUACCCUAGCUACAUGGCUAACACGGAAUCAUCCCGGGCUAAGGUUCGGUCACAGAGUGCUCCAAGACAAAGGCUUGAAUUUGAGAAAUAUAGUUUGACAAAAAAAUCCAUCCAAGAGUUUUGUGAAGCAGGCACAUGUUCAGAAACAGGUUUAGCUCAAGAUGCUGAUUUCAGGACUAAAGCCUUUCUGAGCUCUAGCCACUCAAACAGGAUCCGGUGAUAGCUGAUAUCUCCAUGUUUUUCUAUGUGUGUAUGGCGGUAAAUGUUUUGAGUCUUAACUAGCUGCCCUUGAUGUACAAACCAAGCUUUGGCUCCAUGGAUGUCAAAAGCUUUUCCAGAACUGUUACUGAACCUUCAUGAUUACACCUCGGUUGUGAUGUAAUAUUAAU